AUGGCUUCAGACUUCAAAUAUUCCAAGCAAAAUCAACAGGUUGUAAGACAGGGUUUUCUCUGGUGUAUGGCAGCCAUCUAUUUAUUUGCUUUCACCUCUCUUUAUGUCCAAAUACCAGGUUAGUUGCUCUGUCUGAUCUUAUUUUUGUACUACCUUCCACUUGAACCUACCAAUAACAGAUCUCUUUGUAUUCAGUUUGUAUGUUUUGUUUAGUCAUUUCAGGUCUCAGGGGAAUUGCAAGGUUUAUCGUUUGUAAAUUAUACGUACAUGUACACGUGAAUUAAAGGAAGUUCUUACGAGUAUUAUUCUUUUACCUAAAAUAAAAAUAUCUCUGCCUGGGUGGGGAUCUCCAUAAAAAGAAAACUCCUUCCCCACCCUUCCCCCAUGGCAAUUAAAUUUUGCUUCCUUAAUUAUCUUCUCCAUCAACCAAAUUACCUGUUGCAGGACCUUAUAUACCUCACAUAGUGCCAAAUCUUGAUGGGUCUAAUUAACGUUUUAAAACCUGUAUUUCUGAAUACUUUCUAAUCAGGUCUCUAUGGACACAAUGGUCUACUCCCUGCAAGUUACAUUUUGCAUGACUGUAAGUUAUUUUUUUUUGUUUUUUGGAUUUUUUUUUUUUUUCACCCUUUACACCCUAACAUCAGUAUCCAAAAAUCCAUAUUCUCCAAACCCUUCCCUAUACAUUUCCUAAGGGAUUGACUAGAAAAAUUCUUUUAUCGAGAAAGAGCUUCUUAACUGGUUGAUUAUUUUCCAAAUUCUCCUUACCCUAUUGUUGAUUGAUUUAUGGAUGACACUGUUGGGAGAUACCAGAUGCCAAUCACUCUCAGGAGUUAAGGAUUCAAUUCUUCAUGCUGCAACCCCAGAGAAGUUGUUGUUAUCAUAGUGGCUACUAUGUGACAACAAUUCUUAAUUUUCUCAUUAAAUUUGUUGUCUUGUUUUAUCAGUUUCAUCAUGCAUAGAUAAAAGUGCUGCUUGUCCAUUGUGGGCGUCAUCAGGAGAGUGUAUCCAUAUUCCCCAUACCCUUCCCUAUACAUUUCCUAAGGGAUUGACUAGAAAAAUUCUUUUAUCGAGAAAGAGCUUCUUAACUGGUUGAUUAUUUUCCAAAUUCUCCUUACCUUAUCACUGAUUGAUUUAUGGAUGACACUGUUGGGAGAUACCAGAUGCCAGUCACUCUCAGGAGUUAAAGAUUCAAUUUUUCAUGCUGCAGCCUCAGAGAAGUUGUUGUUAUCAUAGUGGCUACUAUGUGACAACAAUUCUUAAUUUUCUCAUUAAAUUUGUUAUCUUGUUUUAUCAGUUUCAUCAUGCAUAGAUAAAAGUGCUGCUUGUCCAUUGUGGGCGUCAUCAGGAGAGUGUAUCAGAAACACAGGGUGGAUGGUGCAGAACUGCAUGAAGUCUUGUAACAGCUGUCAAGGUAACUUGCUCGCUAUCUUGAUUGUAUUAAUUACAUUUAACAUCUGUCAUCACAAUUUUCUCAGCAGAGUCUCCCAGAAAAAUAUUAUUCCCAUGUCAACUUUUUAGCAAUUUCAUUUCCAAAAUAGUUCUCUCACCAGGAGUACUGAUCAUUUGUUUUGAUAGCACUGAUCAUUACUUUUGAUAGCACUGGACACAUCAGUCAGUGGAUUGUUUUGGAACACACCCACUCUUUUAUGGGUGACACCAUAUUUGGGACUGGAUACACCCACUGGCAUGGAGUUCUUGUGUGCUGUGGGCAUUUUACUUUCACUCGUCCUCCUUGUGUCACAAAGAUGCAGACACUGCCUUACUUACCUGAUGCUGUGGUUCCUCUACUACUCCAUGUUACCAGUGAGUUUUAUUUUCACACUGCUUUUCCUCCCAUAUUUUCGCCUUUUUGGUACCAGUGUUUUAAAUUGUUUCUUGACAUGUUUUUUGAUUAUUAAAAUAAGUCAGUAAGUUGUUAUUAUUUAGAUCUACAAGAUUUGUCUUUGGGAAAGAAAACUAAUGUACACCACUGAUAGCUCAGUGAAGAUUUUCAUCAACUAAAGGUUACUGUCAACAAGAUCUGGUCAAAAUUUUCAAAAUUUUGUUUCUUUGCUCUUUCAUUAAAGAGAGCAGCUAAGUUUCAAAGAAAAUAACAACAUCUUAGAAAGAAUGGGAGAUAUAGCAAAAAGAAUGUAUUAGGGGCCGGGAUUACCUAUACCGUAGAGUGAGGGGUGUCAUGAUCCAAAAGGUCUCUUGCAGAGUGUUGACAUAAUCUAUGGGUUUUUAUUUGGGAUCUCAAUUUGCAUAUUUGUUUACAUCUCUUCUUGCAUUGCACAACUAGAGGAAAUUUCUAGCAUAUUUCACAAAAUAUUGAGAAAUAAGAGUCUUCAUGAAACAGCAAAAGAGAGUAUAUGUGCAAGAGAGCCCAAGCCGAUAAUGUUUUGAUCUAUUGGAGGUCAGACAAGUAAAUGAUGUCACCAUAAACAACAUUUUGAUUUUUUAUCUGAUAAAACAAAUAGAUUUUGUGUUGUCUUGGGUGUGAACAUUAAUAGAUCAUAGAAGACUUCAAAAUGUGGUAUUAAGAACAUCAGUGACACUCUUGGCUGCAUCAAUUUAAUUUAAGUAUAUCUUACCACAUUUUGAAAUUUCUGUGGCAGUAGUGUUGUUUUCCAUGGUGGGGUUGGUGACCUCAUGGCUAACCUUCCUCCUUUAAGCAUGCCUGGGACCAGCAAGUGGCUCAAAAGACCCACUUAGCAGAGUUGCCCCUCUGAGAAGGAGCAAUAGGCUUCAGAUAGAUAGUUUACCAUGUUCUGAUGUCAUCUAUGAUCUAUUACUGAACAGAAGCAAGGCAACAUGGAAUCUAUCUAUUAUUAAGUAUUUAUAAAGAUUAACUGAUGGUCUUUCUUGACAGGUUGGUCAAAUAUUCAUUCAGUAUCAGUGGUAAGUAAUGACCACUGUGUGACUGUGAAAACUUGAUACUUUUUAUACUGUCCAGGGCUAAAGAGUGUUACAGGAUAUUACACUGGAUGUCUUAUUGAAUGUUCAUAGUCAUUUAGACAGUCCCCAAUGCCUUAGUAGUUGAGUCAUGUAGGUGACCUAAUUUGGUAUUUAAUAUUGCUGCUUCUAGGGAUGCACUCCUGUGGGAAUCAGGAUUUCUUGCCUUUCUGGUUGCUCCUUGGAACAUUGUUUUUGCACCCUGGAGAAUUGGAAAACUAACAUUAUUUAAGUGCAGAUGUCUCAGGUACAGUCAUUUUGUGAGUAAAUCAGUUGGUGGGUUAUUGACAGUCAGUCAGUCAGUCAUUCAAUCAGUUAAUCAGUCAAUCAAUUAAUCAGUCAAUCAGUCAAUCAGUCAAUCAGUUAAUCAGUUAAUUAGUCAAGUAGUAAAUCAGUCAGUCAGCCAUUAAGUCAAUCAGUCAUUCACUCAGUCACUUGAUUAGUCAAUUGAUCAGUCUGUUUGUCAGUCAGUCAGCCAUCCAGUCAGUCAUUCAGUUAGUUAAUUAGUAAGUUAGUCAGUCAGCUAGCCAGUCAGUCAGUCAGCUACCUACAUGGUCAGUCAGUCAUUUAGCCAGACAAUCAGUCAGUCAGUCAUUUUGCCACUCAAUCAAUCAUUCAAUAAUCAAUUAGUCAGUCAUUUAGACAAUUGAGCAGCCAAUGAGCAAGUUGGUCAGGUACUCUUAAUCAGUCAUUUUAAUCAGUCACUCAGACGGCCACUCAGUCAGUUAUUUAGACAGUUAAUCAGUCAAAAAGCUAGACAGUCAGUUUGUCCAUCAGUCAGCCAAUCAUUCGGUAAUCCAUCAAUGGUUGAUUAAGUAAGACAGCAAGUCAGUGAGAUAGUCAGUAACAGAGUGAGUCAGUGAAUUGAGUGGCAUAGCUAUUUAGUUGAACUGUAAGUCAACAUUAAGUCAGUUCUGAAAUCAGUGAAUCAGCUUUUCAUCCUGUAAGUCUGUUACAGGCAACUCUCACCUCAUUAACUUGACUGUUUUAACAUAAUUACCAACAAAAUUUUUGGCACUACUCUUUGAAGGUACAUCUCAACGCAUCAUGACAAUGUAACCCUGUGGCUGGUUAAGUGGUUGUUGUUUCGUCUAAUGUUUGCUUCAGGAGUUGUUAAACUGACAUACAUGGACAAAACGUGGUGGGAUCUCAGCGCCCUUAACUGGCAUUAUGAGUCACAGGUAAGGAGAGAAUCACUACUGUUCAUCCUGUUCAUUUGUUAAACAAAACAUGAAAUACCUCUGGCUAGAGACCGAGUGGAAGAGGGGGGGGGGGGGCACAAAACCACACUCUAUCAAGAGCAAACCGGCUCAAAAGCCAUGCCUUUAUCAAUUCGCAUGCCUUUCAAUCUGAAAUGAUCGCUUUUCUGUAAGAGCCGGAGUUUGAACUGUAGAUAAAGCUCCUAUCUUCAACAGCAUAUUCUUCGCGCAGCAGAGCAAGAGGGACGAAGUUCUAAGUUUUUCUAUUUCUUCCUUUAAAAACUUACUAAGGUACCUCAUGAGGAUUUUAAUUUUCGCUGUACUUGAUUUAUCACUGAGUUAAGACUCUGAUUCCAAAGAACGAACUUGAAACUAUGAUGGUAGCUUUUUCAGAUGCCCAAACAGUAUUGAAACUCCUUUUUUACUUCAUAUCCGAAACUUUUUCAAGGCACAAAAAGCGCUAUUUUUUAUAUGUUUUAACGCCCAAGUGUGUAAAAGGAAAGUUUGAGGAGACAUGUUUUUCUUUUUAUCAGUGCAUUCCCACACCAGUUGCGUGGUACUUUCAAAAACUCCCUGUUUGGUUCCAUAGACUCAGUGUAGUUAUGACGUAAGUACAUUUGCAAAAAAGCUAUUAAUAAUAUGUAAUAUAGGUGUCAUUUUAGCAUAAUAAAUUCCACAAAGAAAAACAAACAACAGCAGAAACAAGAACACGGCGAGUGCGGGAAAAUGCUCAGUUGUUGCUACCUGGUUUGACUUAUGGAACGCAUUUAUUAGCGCCAAAUGGAAGAAUCAGUGCACGAUGGGAUAUGGCAGCCACCGCUAAUCGCGGGAAACAUGCGAAAAUGAGUCCGGACGGUAGCCUGACUAGAAAAUCCCCCUUUUUUGCGCUAGCUUUUGUGCAGCCAUAAGGGCGGUCUAUAACCACGGGCAAAUAUGUCACAAGAGUUAAUUGCAGGAAAAUGCUCAGGGGCUUGUGAAAUGAGGAGAGAAAUGGACUUGUUAUUCCCCCGCCUGUUGUUAUUUAUUUACCUGUUAUCGGUCUUACUGUUUUCAAAGAUAUUCCUUUUUGUAGAUACGUCAUUGAGAUCGGAAUUCCUUUCCUGGCGUUUGCUCCUGUGAGAAUUCUUCGUGUGUUUGUUUAUUGCAGCGAGGUAGGGAAGAUUUAUGUAACAAUCGUAAGAUUGCUAGAAAGCUUGUCGAUUGAGUAUCGUCUAAUCAAAACCAAAGUUAUCACAGUGGCCAAUCAGAACAAAGAUAAAUAUUGCAUGGAACCAAUUGCAUUAAAGCGCGGGAAAACACUUGUAACCAAUUCACAAUUGGCUUUUUUUAGUUUUAUAUCUCACUGGUUGCAAGGGUGUCUCGAAAUUUGAAGACCAACCACGGAGCGAAGUGAAACAAAACCAAAGAAUCACGGAUUACUCUCUGCGUUCAAUCGUUCUUUUCACCAAAGACUUUUACAUUUUCCUCUGGGAACUAGAGAGCCUUUAUUGACUUUCCCCAAAGGAGGCCUUUCUUUUCAUAGCUUACGAGCAGUCUUUCCUUUUCAGUGAAAUCCCUCGCCGAGUCUAAAAAAAUCAGCGAAAAAAAAAAAAUUCACAUUGUUGGCACACUGCGCAAAACUUUGAGAGUGAGACUCACAAAUGGGCCCGCGAAUGCCAACAUCAAUUUUUUUCCUGGCUGAUUUUUUUUCUGAGUUUUUUGCGUGGUGGAAUUCGCCGAAAAGGAGGGACUGCUCGUGGUCUGUUGUUUUCAGUGUGGUGCGGUGCUAAACUGUUCAUCAUAAUUUCUUUUCAGGUAUUUCUCCAGCUUUUGAUUCUUCUCACCGGUAACUACAACUUCUUCAACCUACUGACAAUCGUCUUGUGUAUCUCGCUGCUGGAUGACAAGUGUAUUCUCUCUCGUAUGCAGUGCUUCUUGUGCAGACGGUGCAUGCGUUCAAGUUGUUGUCAUGCGGCAAGUCAGCGUAAGUAACACUGCGUUCAGGAAGAUUGUUGGAAAAAGUAUUCUGUGCUUUUAAGAUUUGCCUGCGCUUUCUACAUCGUUGCUACAGGCGUUUGAAAUUGUUUAUAAGUUAAGAAUUUUCCUGACAAAAGUUGCUUAACCCUUUAGCUUCCAGAAGUGAUCAACCCGUAACUUCUCCAUAUCAAAUCCAUCUAAAGGGGAGAAUUAACGAUUAGAUCUUGAGAGUGAAAGGGUUUAUCUGACGUUGUUCUGUUGAAUUACUUACAGGAACAACAGUGAAACCUCGUGCCGGAUACUCAGAGGUUAAACAAGAGGAGAGCUUAGAGGAAGACGCGGAAGGAAAAAUGGGCUCGAGAAGUGAUGAAGGUAUAACUUAGAGGGCCGUUAUUUAAAUUCCCCCCCAAGUGAGAAAACCGCGUGUUGCGCUCUACUCUCCUAUUAAAAUUUAAACGUUCAGGGCCUGUAGCUGAUGAACUCUUGCCUAGACUUUGAUUGUCGUUUCUUUCAGUAAUUGUACCCUACUAAGGAUAUAUAUUUUUGGGUCUUUCAUUUCACAGAUUUAGAAGCAGCUGAAAGUGAAAAUACACCAAGCUCAGAGGACAGGAACACCGUAUCGAAGGGAAGCACCAGCCCAGGUGAGAAUGGCAUCACUAGCUAGAAUUGCCCUGAACUUCUUCAUCUUUUGUGGCUCUUUUAUCUGUUUGCAACUACAACAGGCUGGACAGCGAGGCAAUAAGCGAGAUGAUGGGGGAAGGGGGGGUUCCCUGUAACCCCUUUCACACCUAUGGGGUUUUGAAUCAAAGUCAGUACCCGAGGAACUGCGCACCUACCCCUUCCCUAACCCAACAACAGUUAAUUGAUAACAAGUUGGGGUUAAUGUUGGGUUAGGGGAGGGGUAGGUGCGUAAUUGCUCAAGUACUAAGCGAUCCGGGGUUUUUGCUCCCCGUUCAUUUGUCCCCCUUCUGCAUAAGCACUCACAUUCACUUGUACAAUUUAUUCAGUGUUAUUUUCGCCAUAAUUUUCUUUACAGAAGAAAGUUCAACAACCUCUCAACUUGUGGAGUAUGUCUUACACUGGAUGAACUCACGUCAUGAGAAUUCCAAAUUCACUCAGGCCAUAGAAUUUCUUCAUAGCAAGAUUUUUGGUUGGAUGAAGCUGGCCUCUAUCCUUAUCACGUCUCUUGUCGUUUUGAUGAUUAUCAUUGUUUGUACUGUUAAGUGGUUCAGUAUUAAGAUCACAAAGGACGAACCCAUCCACUGCGAAACAGGUAAAUGAUCAACUUUGUUGCGCGUUAAGUUUUGUUAAGUUUGAGCUAAGUUGAACUAAUGGAGCUACCACUAAAUCAAAAUAAUUCAUUUGGUUUCAGCUUUUACACCUGAACAGCUUGUAAACACAGUUCAACUCGCCACACAGUUUGCAUUGUGGAUGGGGUUUUUGUCUCUUUUAAUCGAAAUACUGGGAGCUUUUACUAGGUGAGAUGUGACAUGUGCAGCUCGAAAUAGAUUUGUAACCGAAGCAAAGAUCCUCGUUAUUUAUACUCGAACGGUGGUGGUAAUCUGGGUGUUGUUUCUCUUGGUGCUUUCUAUCCGUAAACUUGGUUUGAUGGGCUUUGCAAUAACUAUCAAGAAAAAAGAAAUGAUUCUUGCAGGAUCAUCUUUGGCUUGUGUUUCAUCUGCUGGUCAAAAAUAAAACUUAACGACCGGUCCCAAGGAAAAUAGUUUGUUUUCUUUUCUAAUAAUCUUUCGCAAAGGGAAGCCUCGUGAAUCAUUACCUCGGAUGAACUCGCGCCAGUGAGCCUUAAAGCGGUCGUCGGUCAAAUUUGUGAGUAUUCGGGCACUAUUAUCCUCUGAAGUCAAAGAUUUUGGAAUAUCGCCCGCUAAGAGACUUUUGGUGUGAAACAGUUUUAAUGAAAUUUAUUUGAUCAAAAUCAUAAUCAGAUUCCUUCACGGGAAAGAAGAACUUCAAACUCUCUAAAAUGUGCCUCGCUCCAAACAUGUGGCUUCAUAGCUCAGUUGGCAAAGCGCCCAGCUAGUAUCUGGUGGGCACGGGUUCGAAUCCUGUUGAAAUCUGAAUUUUUUUUAAGCUUCUUUUCGGCAGUUUUUUAAAUAGUCGCCAUUCUUCGAGGAUCAUUACUUUACUCGAGUUUCAUUCUUGGAUUUCACGGGAGAGCUGAGCGUGCACUGUUGGGGAAAAGAUUCCAGUUAUUCAACGUUGUAAUUUAUUUCAUUCAGCUAUCGAGGACGUUUGUGUGUUUGAGCUGAAGAUUAUGUAUUGUGCAUUAGGUGCCUGUUGGAGCAGUGCAGCAAGCGUAGCAAGGUGUGGCAGCUGUUCCAAUGUUUCAUCUGGUCCGUUGUGUCUUUAAUGAUGUUUUCUGUUAGCUUGGUGAGUAAAACUCGAUGUCAUAUGCAAUUCUGCAAUGAGGGUGUAUUUUUUGCUUUAGUCGACUUACUUGUCCAAGACUGUUUCCAAAAACUGUCUUUUGAGCUUGUCGUUUGUAUCUUCGCAAUCUUCUUGUAACCGUAAAUCACAGUUAUCGUCAUCGUCCUCGCUGUUGCUGCCGUGUCCCUUCUGUUGCUUUAUCUCAUCAUCAUUAUUUCAGCUCUCUUCACCAUCAGUUAUAUUAAGCAAGUUAGAAAGGACUUGCAUUACAUAUUCAACCACAAAACUAUUCAUUGCCAUUAGAUUAGGACAUCUUCUCCACUGGAAUCUUUUCGGCAGUUCUCUUUGCCUCCUUUCUAGGUGUUGUUCCUCUUAGCGAGCUCGAUCGUCUUGAACGCUGCCAUGAGACAAAGUUAUGUUCUCUUGAUGAUUGCUUUCCGUUUGCAUUUAAUCCACAGUACUCCUUCACAGCCGUUGAUCGUGUUGUCCAGCGAAGCCUUCCCAAGACGUUUGUUAAUAUGUAUCGACACACGGCUUAUCUGGAACUGACAAAUGCUUACGGCCUGUUCAGAAGGUACGAGAGUUGUGUUACAUAAUUCUUAAUAACCCUCGAGUUGUUGGCUCAGUUGGUAUAGCACUGAACUACCAGAGCACCGGAGCACCGGAGAAAAAUUUGCUGCCCGUAGAAUGACAUCUAAGAAUAGCAAGACAUUGCAGUUUCCCUGAUAAGGACGGUAAAUCGAGAGCCCCGUCUCCUUCUUCUUCCCUGUUAUUAUUUGGAGAGGAUCUUAAAAAUAAGUGAUACAGGAUGUUUUGGGUGUUGUAGUCUGGUCUUGUCUACAAAAUUGAAAACAUAAACAAAGAUUUCCUUCAAUUCUUUGUAAAGUGCUUCGUGCAGUCUGGUUGAAGAAGUUUACAAGGUUUUGUACCGGGAAAGCAUUAGAACUUAUGAAAAUGCGCUAUUUAACCGACAUGUUAAUUUUUUCGUUAUUGCAAUUGUUAUUAUUCAGCGACUUGCCUAAUAGUCAUGCGUCGAAGAGUGAUAUGUUAUUUAUUGUUCUACAGUAUGACUGGAGUUGGUGGUCGGCCUGAGCUUAUCAUCAUAGGCAGCAACUCACUGGACGGUCCUUGGGAGGUAAGAUCCAGUCCCCUUCAUUAUAGUGCAAGUUUGGAAUCUUGUAGUAGGUCACUCCUAACGGGAGACUUAAAGCAAUUUGCCAGUCCCAGUUAAUGACUAAAAAUCAGAGCUUUGAUCGCUUUAGAGGAGUUUUUCGAAAUGUUAACUGUCUAAGAAACAGAAGAGUCGUCUAAGAGGUUGGUCUUUGAGAAGGAGUUGACCAUCUUCAUUAUACAGAUGAUGUCGAGCGGCUAGCUCUCUGCUGUCACAAAGUGUAAUUUUGAUAGCUUAUUGCAGGCUGCCUUUCCUUUCUUCAGGAAUACAACUUCUUAUACAAACCUGGCAAUUUAUAUCAGCCACCGCCCUUUGUUGGUGAGUAUAUAAAUAGAAAGUAUUGUCGCAAUACUGGCACCCGUCUGUAACCUGAUUCGAGGCAUCGCUAGAUUUCUUGCCAGGAGAAAAUGAUCGCCUGGUCACACUUUAACUUAAAGGGGAUGUCACGUUUUAAGCCGCAUUUACCUAAGCAAGUCCUCCUUUUGACAGUUUUCAUUUAUAGGUGCAGCUGAUAAAUUCCCUUUGCCAAUGUAAGUAGAGAACAACUUUCGUGGCAUCUGCACUUAUCUUCAAUCACAGCGAACUUUAUGGUGUAAAUCUUUCCUGCUUAGGAUUCCUUUCCCUUUUUCUUUAUCCCAGUGGGGAAGCUUCGAGAGCAUGGGGCAAAAGCGGGAAAAGUAAGUUAAAAGGAAAAUGAAAAACUGCUACGCAGUGACAUCAUAUGUAAAGGCGAGAAUUUGAAAAUGAGUCAGGGUUGUGACAUAUGUUGUUUUAGGAAAAAGUGGAACUAACUCAACUCUGCGACUUUUGCAUAAAUCAUUUUAUCACUGCAGCACCUCAUCAGCCCCGCUUGGACUGGCAAAUGUGGUUCGCAGCUCUGGAAUCCUACUCUGAAAAUCCAUGGUUUCUGAGCUUGAUUCAUAAGCUGAUGAAAGGACAAACAGACGUUUUACAGCUGAUGGGUCAAAAUCCUUUCAAGGAGUCUCCUCCAAGGUUCAUCCGAGCGCAACUGUAUCUGUAUCACUACACACGAAACACAUCAAGUCUGUGGCAAGUUUUGUUCCAUCCAAGGUAACAAUCCGGUGACAUAAAAUUAUGGAACUUCCUCAAUGAGGAUCGCAAAACUGCUUAGAUAUAGCGCUUUUUGAUUUAGUGUCGUAAAACCAAAACCAAAAAAAUCACAACAACCAUUCAGAAAAAGAAUAAUACUUCUUAGAGCCAAUAGGAACUCAAAGUACAACCGACCAAAUCGCCUAAAGCGCGGGAAAACGCAGGCGACCAAGUCGAAAUUGGUUUUAGUUUUGCAUCUGAUUGGUUGAGAGAAUGGCGUGAGUUUUUCAGACCAAUCACAGAGCGAAGAAAACAAAAACAAACAAUCCCGGAUUACGCAAGACACUUCAUUGGAAAUUGUACCAAAUCCCUUACUUUGUUGAAUUUUUCUCUCGACAGCGGCGAGAAGGCUUGGUGGACGCGGGAAUUCAACAGAGAAUAUUUACCAUUCGUCGUCAAUAACAGUUCUUUGUCGACUUUGGAGAAUAUGCUGGAGAAAAAGAGAAUUUACCGGGUAAAGAGUCAUAAAGCUCGUGACAAAUUUGUUGCAGUUCUGUUCUUUCGAUUCCUAAGGCUCCAGCAAAAAUAGUUGGAGAUAUCAGGGGAUCAACAUAUUAAAAACAAAAUUUAGUCAUAACCAAAACAGAUUUCUGAAAUGUUAUUGGUGCAUUCGCAGCUUCAUUUUUCACUAAUCAUUCUGUACAGUUGUAAUCGGACAGUGUAAUCAGACGGUUGGCUGUAAUCGGACACCUGUAAUCGGACAGUUGACGCAGCCAAUUUACUUAAUAACCCACUCAGCAAAAUCCACCAAUCACAAAAUUGAUUACAAUAACGAUAGCAAAAACCACCUAUAUCAAAAGAAAAACUGGGGAAUUUCCAAAAUGGAGGAAUUAUUAACUUAAGACAUUGUCUCCACUGUAGAUAUCUGUUCUAGGUGUAUUUUUUUUUUUCAGAAAUUGAAAUGGUUAUGAUUAAUUGGUUAACAGGACUUCUUAUCGUCCAGUUCUGUCUGUAAUCAUACUCGUGAUUAACAAAUCGGACUUCCGCUUCGCAGUCGUCCGACUUUGUUUAUCACUCGUAAGAUUACAGACAGAAUUGGACUCCACUCGGUCUUAUCACCAUUAUUGAUGACACUGAUACACAAGACCAUGCCGGAGAGAAGGAAACAACACAAGACGAGAAAUUUAUCUUUUUCGUAUUCUCUUUACGACGUUACUGAGACGCGUUUUACAAAUGAACUUUGUGGUGGCCCAGUUCCCCACACAGACUCUUAAGCUAAGUGAUUGAGCACCGGUGCCCUGAGGUUCAGUUCCUCAAGGGAACUUUGUUUCAUUUCAAGCUCGUAACAAGACGAGAAAAGUAGUUCUGUUAACCCUUUACACCCUAACAUCAGUAUGCAUAUUCUCCACACUAUUCUUUAUACAUUUCCUGAGGUGCUGACAAGGAGAAUUUGUUUGCCAAUCAAAAGAUUCCUUCCCUAGUGAUCAUUUCCUUUAUUCUCAGGACCUUAAUGUGUGAUUCAGGAGUGAUAUUGUAGGGAGAAAAUAGAUGCUGGUCACUUUUAGGGUUUAAAGGGUUAAAAGGAUAACUAGAAGGUCGAUAUAUGCCAGGCGUCGAAACUCUGUGAUCAAAUUAGUUUUUUUUAUCUAGUUUAGUGUCUCCCAAAUAGAAGGGAAAAUUAAUUUGAACUCAGUUAUAGUGUCUAUGAAAGCGAAAGGAGACAGUUAGGUUCUAUAGCGGAGUCAGCUUAUUUUCGUUCAAAAAUGUUAAAAUUUCAAACUUAGACAUAGUUGAGCUCGCAUCGAAGCAUUCGAUGACUUAUGAAAUUUUUGUUUCAGCCAAAUUUUAAGCCAGAGAACACGUGGGGCUUUCUUUAUGCACUGAUACGGAACUUGAGGGAGGCUCAUAGACGAAUUGCACCCACUACCCUCAUCAAUGCUCUUCUCUUCAUUGUGGUCACGUGUCUGGUGCUCAAAGUUUGGUGGAGGAGGACUGGAAGAAAGUUCUGGUGAGGAACAAAUGAAAUUGGAACGGAGAAAGUUGCCUCUUUUUCAUUCUUUUAGAAACGAGGCAAGAGGGAGGAAUUGAUAAGCUCUUUAUGACCGUCUUAGAUUAAUUUUAAACGGACGUUUCACAAGCUUACAUGCUUCCUUUCCCCUUCUCUAGCACGCUGUCUUUAUUUAGAGUUCACGAUAAGAGUGAGGCGACCUCAAAAGCUUCUGACAGGGAGGAAGACACAGACAUUGCGGACGAAUCGACGAACAAACAUGUCUCUCGUUGGAAGCAGAUUAAUGUUACUGGCUGCAUGGAUAAACUGCGUGAGAUGAGCAGGGUGUUAUGUGAGAAAAUCACGACAUGGUGUGGCUUUGUGUUUUGCAAGCUUCAAGAAAGUUAUCAAAGAUGUUUGAUGUUAUGGAAGACGAGAAUGCCUUCCGUUAAGGUAAGCUGAAUAGAAAGUUCUUCUUUGAGAACAACACAAAGGCAUGCAGAGAUGCAAACUUUUAAUGUAACAUUGUUUGCUUCAUCCAAGCUUAGUCACAAUUUUUAGUUGUGUCGAAAAAAGUGCAAUUUUCAAUUGAGUGUCGAAAGUAACCCGCGAUUGCAUUGGUUUGCUUAACUUUGUUCUAUAAUUGGUGGUCAUUUGCGUUUUCCCGCGCUUCAAGUAGUUUGCUAGUUAACUUGAGUUCCAAUUGGCUAAUGACAUUUGCUUUGUUCCCAUUGGUCGCUGGGAUUACUUUGGUAUAGGUUUUUCGACACUCAGUUAAAAGCUGAUUUUAAGUGGGUUUGCAUUGAUUUUGCUUCAUAAUGGUCUUAUUUGGCAAAGAAAACACGUCCCAUUUUUCAAACUAAUGUGGUAGUGGAACAUAACCAACUGCGACUCAGUCCUUCCUGUUCUAGCCCCGAGUCGUUUUCUUUUUUAGUCUGAGUUCUCAUUGGCUUAUUGUUGUGAUCAUUUUAUUUCAUUUACCAUUGCAAAUGCUUUCUAUUUAGGUUCACUAAAUGCAACCAAACUUUGUACUGUCUUAUCUCCUCCAGAAAAAAGCAUAACUCGCAAAAGAAGCAUUGAAUGAAUGUUCAGUCUUCAGAGGCUCAUCAGCUGGCCGCAUCCCUGUCACUGCUGUAAUGCAAGGAGCGCCAGUGAACAAUCCGCAGAUGGCUAGACUGGCUGUAAAUUCAGAUUCAGCCGUCUUAUCGUUCCGUCGAGGACGUUUUGGAAAAAAUCGCUGUGAUUUGGCGCUCAUACGCUUACCGGCGAGGCGUUUCCUUCCGCCGACUGAAUGAUAGCCAGAUUGCGCGGCCUAAUUAAGAAACUUUGCCCGUUGGUCUUGUCUAUUCAGUCCGACUCCUUUUACCUUUGUAUUUAUUCAUUCAACCCGGAAUUGAUAAUUUAUUAUUUAUUUACUCAGG